CUGUCCGCCUUGACAGGGGGCUGUGCGCAGGCGCAGAGAGGCAGCGGGACUGGGCUGAGGGCUGGCUACGCGGAGCUACCGGAUCGGUCCGAGAUGGCAGAGGUGGAGGAGACACUGAAGCGACUUCAGAGCCAGAAGGGCGUGCAGGGAAUCAUCGUGGUGAACACAGAAGGCAUUCCCAUCAAGAGCACCAUGGACAAUCCCACCACCACACAGUACGCCAACCUCAUGCACAACUUCAUCUUGAAGGCCCGGAGCACCGUGCGUGAAAUUGACCCCCAGAAUGACCUCACCUUCCUUCGAAUUCGCUCCAAGAAAAAUGAAAUUAUGGUUGCACCAGAUAAAGACUAUUUCCUGAUUGUGAUUCAGAAUCCAACCGAAUAAGCCGCUCUCUUGGCUCCCUGCGUCAUUCCUUAAUUUAAUGCCCCUCAAGAAUAAUAGCGUUAAUCGUGUCAACUGACUGGCAUAUGGAAGUCCUCUUAGAGCCCUCUCAGACCAACCCGGCUGCAGCUCCACCUGCCCCACCAAAGUCAUCCCUCUGCUGGCCAGUCGCACCUGAUUUUCCAGGAGGAAAAUCCCAUCCAGGUUUACAGAGCAAGAGAUUGUGAGAAGCCCACACACCCUGUUUCCUUCUGACUUUGAGUUCACUUUGUUGCCCUUGGAAAAGGCUGUUUUUCUUUAACUAAAAAUAACCAGAACGCUU